AUAAGCCACGAAACAAGGGAGUGUAACGAAAUUUGUCAAAAAGUGACGCGUAUCUGUAAGAUUAUUAUUUUCGUAAAAUAUGGCUACGUAGAAGCGAUCCAAUAUGGAUAUCCGAUAGAGGGCACCCGAUAUACACGCAGCACAGGGCACACACGCGAUCGUACAGCGUGUACGUGUACCACUCGUGUAUCGCGUAUCCGAGACGUGGGGCAACUGGCAAACAUAAAAUUUCCGUUGGUGCUCCGAAAAGCGGCGACGACGACAACGGUUUCAACCGUAACGUUCGGUUUUCGUGGUGCUUUAAUCGCGGCCACCGUUCCUUCCUGUCAUGAAGGCCUAAAUGGCGUUGGCGUCAAGAGCCAUCCACCGUUUCGCUCGCUGCCAAUCGUUGGAACAGAGAAACGAAAAUUUCAAGUCAGUGCUGGCAACUUUUUACGUUUAUUAUAACGCUUCAUUUCGACGAGGAACACAGUUGCCGGAAAGAUGACGGCUGAUUCGGAGAAAGAUAGCACCCACUGUUUGAUAUGUAACAGUAAGGUCGGGGUGUCUACUAGGAACAGUAUACGUAUUUUCAAUGAAAACUCUGUUACACCAUCGGAGAAACCGCUCAUUGACAUCAUCUGUGUUGUUCUAGAGACAGACUUAAACGAAGAAAACGUACAUUCUCUUGUUAUAUGUAAAAAAUGCUAUAAAUUAUUUAACGAGAUCGACGAUCUCGAAAGUAGGCUGACAGAGGUGAAACUAGAACUCUUUAAUAAUUAUAAGAAAACUGUAAUGAAAUUAUCUGAUCUGCAAAACGAAGAUGAGUAUAACGAUCACGAUUAUAUAGAGAACACGGAAAGUCAAGGCGCCGAUAUGGAAAUAAAAUAUGCGCAGAAGGAUGAUCGAGAAGUUCACGAGAUGAAAGAAGUGGAGGAAAGAUUAGAAGAGGAAGAAGAACCUCCCUGCGACGCGGAAGAAAUUAUUCUUAAAAUGGAAGCGUUACCUGAAACAAGUAAUAACGAAGAAAGAAAGAGGAUGAAGCGUUCAAAAGUUGCUGCGAAAAUGGAAACUUUCGCGGAACAACUCGUAACCAGAGAUGGACCAACGUAUACUUGCUUGAUAUGUACGAACGAGGAAGAUAAAGCAGUAGGAGAUGCAAAAUCUAUUAUCGCGCACAUGAAAAAUGUACACGAAACGCGAUUGUACAUCUGCGACAUAUGUGGGGAUGAUUUUAGAAAGAGGAACGAGCUAUCUGUCCACCUGGACGAUCACGUUGCCAAGGAAGAGGGCGAUUUUCAAUGCGAAAUCUGUAACAGAAUAUUCAGUAACCUACGGUUGUUCAGGAUUCAUAAACGAAUACAUUAUCCACAAGUGAAAUCCUGGCCAUGCGAAACAUGCGGCAAAAGAUAUAGCUCUAGGAAUUUAUUAGAGGAGCAUAUCAAUACCCACACAGGAGUACGUCCUUAUGUCUGCGAGAAUUGCGGGAAAGAUUUUGCUUCAAAGUACACGUACAAAGCACACGUGAAAACGCAUGAAAUACGCCCUCGCCCCUACGAAUGUGCCCAAUGCAAUAAAACAUUCUUGAGCCAACAGAAUCUUAAUCAGCACGAAAGAACUCACAACGGCGUGAAGGAAUACAUCUGUCACCAGUGUGGAAAAGCGUUUGGUUCGCCGCAUAACCUAGAAGUUCACAAUAUAGUGCAUACAGGUUAUAAACCAUACAUAUGUAGAAUGUGCGGUAAAGCGUUCGCUCGCAAAGCCGAGAUAAGAGACCAUGAAAGAACACAUACCGGAGAGAAACCUUACCAGUGUGAAUUUUGUGGAGCCACAUUCAGUCAAAGGUCAAAUUUACAAUCCCAUAAACGCGCGACGCAUUACAAUGAUAAGCGCUACAAGUGUGACGAUUGCGGGAAAGGAUUCAAACGUCGAAGGUUGCUGGAUUAUCACAUAAAAGCGGCGCACACUGGCGAAAGACCUUACAAAUGCGAAAUUUGCACGGCUACCUUUGUUUACCCUGAGCAUUACAAAAAACACAUGCGCAUACACACAGGGGAGAAGCCUUACCUCUGCGAGGUUUGCGGUAAAGCUUUUAAUAGCAGGGACAAUAGAAACGCGCAUCGAUUCGUGCACAGCGACAAGAAGCCCUACGAGUGUUUGGUAUGUGGUAUGGGUUUCAUGAGAAAACCUUUGCUGUACAGUCACAUGCAAACCCAGGGCCACCUGAACGAUACCAUCGUAGUUAAUCAACCACGUCUUACUACGGAAGAGGAUCAGAUCAUAACAAUCCCUAACGAUAACGUGGAACUUCUAAUGGAUGACGCUGAGAACGAUCAGUUAGAAGAAACGGAAUUAUACGUGACGGAAUUAAAAGACCACGUUAUUAUACAACAGAACGAGGAUCAAAUGUACAAUGAAGAGGACGUGUUAAAUAUCUCGGCCGAGGAAAACGUUGCAGACGAAGAAGUGAGUCACCUUGUUAACGAAGAGAUGACCUUUGUCGAGAACGACUCGAUGGAGUGCAAACAAGAGGAUUCGGAGCAAGUGGAAGAAGUGUAUAAUUAUAACGAGAGCGAAGAUGGGGAGACUAUAGUCGUACCAGCUACCUCAGAGUACAAAGAAAUGGGAGAAGAGAAGAACGCGGUGCGAUUGGUGCAGAUUAGGUUUCCAACGUCGGUAGGUGGUGAAGGCCGAAGUUGGUUAAGCUUAGUACAAAAUACGUGAAUUUUUCUACCAUUAUCGUUAUGUACCGUAACUUGCUAAUAGACCUCUAAUUAAUAAUGUGUAUGUACAUGAAAGAAUGAAUGAAUUUUGCCUUAUGCGACGUUCUCGUCCGGAGGGUUGAUAUGAUUAUAUGAUAACACACGUUACUUUAUUCGUUGUGAUUGCAUACCUCGCAUACGGUAUGCAGGUAUCGGGUUUAAGACCUAAUCCAAUUUAAUUACAAAAUUAUACAGUAGUUUUGAAUAUGUUCUGAUAAAUUGUAAAUAGUGACUACGCUAUUUCUUAUGCGAAUUAAAUACGCGCGAGUCUAUAUGUAAUUGACGCAAAGGCGAGAAACUUAAAUCGUGGAUUCCUACACGGGUUCCUCCCUGACCUCCGUUUCUAUAUAUAUUUCAAUAUAUUUUAAUAUUCCUCCUUUUGAGCAUUUCUUUUUCAUUUUCCAAUUGAAAACGAUUUCUUUCGAGUAAGGUAGGGCGCCUCGUGUAAUUAUUCGCGGCACAGCCAGUCGGUAGUAUAAUUUUAAUCGUAACUUAAUUCUUUUAAAUCCUGUUUGUUUUUAUUUCCCGGUAUCUUGUAGAGUUUACCGUGCGCCGAUAAUAAAUGCUAGCAAAUUAACAAGAGUUAGCGAUUUAUAUUCGGAACGAAUUAAUAAAUAAUUAUUUGUUGUACGCCUUGAACACACCUUGAUCACAUCUUGAUCUUGAAUCAUAGCGAGCGUGUUAAUCAAUGUUUCCGACAAUUUUGUAAAGAAUUUCUUUGUACAUUUAAAAUUGACGAAAUGUAUCGGAAUCACGUCUCCGUUAUAUUUCUAAACUGUAAUACGUGUUUGUAACAAUGAAUUAAUGUAAAAUCACUAUUAUUAUUCGGUGACGAUCAGUCGCUAAUUUUUAAUUUCUACGUAAUAUUAAUAUUAUGUAAAACCCUUUAUAAGAAUAAUGGUAUGUGCGCUUAUAAAUAAAUGAUAUUAUGUUUUUA